UCCGAACUGUUGAACCGAUAUCCGGAAUGGUUCGAUGACCUCUCAGUUUUCAGAAUCUUGGUUUCCAUGGCCGCGUGGCUACCAUGAUUGUUAUUGAGAGAAACUUCCACUCAAGACUCUGCAUCCACUCCCCGCUUUGUUGUGAAGUUGCUUCAUCAUUCUCUCACAUUGUUCGACUGCAUUGCAUGCACAAAAUUCGAUGUUAUAUGGGUGCUCUUGAUGCAUGUCUGGGUAAUAAGAAAAACGUUAGUAGCAAUUCUUUAGUAUCGGUUAUUGUAGGAUCUAAUUCCUAUAGCCAUGCUCCUAAUAACAACUUUAGAAGUUUGAGCAUAGUUGGUGCCAUGUCAAAAUACGAAUCUGUCGAAACUCAUUCUUUCCUUCAAGCACCGAGUCUUCAACACCGGUUUAAAAACUGGCAAACACUUAGAAAACACAAACUGACAGCUAGCACUUUCGCUGCCGCUAUUGGAUUUUGGCGUAGGCAAAGGUGCCAGUUGUGGCUAGAGAAGAUCGGUGCUAUUGAACCAUUCUCAGGAAACAUCGCUACCUGUUGGAACAAUAUCAAAGAGGAGGAAGCACUUGAAAGAUACAAGCUGAUAAGUGGUAAUACUGUAUUGUUUCCUGAACUUCAGGUGUAUGGUGCUAACACUGAAAAUGACUGGCUAGCUGCUUCACCAGAUGGUGUACUUGACAGAAAGGUAUUUGAGUUGUCUUCUCAUGGGGUUCUAGAGAUAAAGUGUCCUUAUCUCAAUGGAGACAUGAGUAAAGCUUUCCCUUGGUCUCGAAUUCCAAUUCGCUAUAUUCCUCAAGCUCAGGGAUUAAUGGAGAUUCUCGGGAGGGAUUGGAUGGAUUUUUAUGUAUGGACUCCUAAUGGCAGUAGUUUGUUCAGGUUACAUCAUGAUGCUGAGUACUGGAAUGUGAUGGAACUGGCACUAUCUGAUUUCUGGUGGAAACAUGUCCAUCCAGCAAGGGAGUUGUAUAGUAGGAAAGUUAUAACAGACCCUCUUUUUGAAUUAAGAUCAUUUAGACCAGCUCGGAGGCAUGAGUUAUGUAGUCAUAUCAUUUCUGAAAGCAUACGGAUUGCUAAUAGUUCGAAGUUAUUAAUGCGGGAAAUACGUGGAAUAUUGCAACCAGAUGACUCCCACGGUUAGAGGAAGGACAUUAGUGUAGUAAUAACAUUUUUUUUACAGGGAUCCCAAUUUUUUUUUGGUGAUCUGUUUAUAUCAGUAUAGUUUAUGAAGAUAUUGAUGUUGCUGACAGAGGAUAAUAUUGUAAAUUUGAUAUGGUUAUAGAGACAUCUAUGAGAAUAUAUGAAAUAAAGAAGUGAUUGUUAAAUAUGAUUGGUUGAAGCUGGAGAAUAGAGAAGGGGAUAGAAACAAACUUGCCAGGUUAUGGAACCUUAUAAAGUUGGGACAUUUGAUAUGGAGAAAGUGGAGAGUUCAACAGCUGGUACAUCUGUCAAUACACCACAUCAUUUCUUUAUUUGAGAAAACAAAAUGACCUAAUAUGUGAAGUGAGUAGAAUGUUCAUAGUAUGAAAUGUGAAUUUACAUGCUAUAAAGUCUAGUCUAAGGAUUCAAGACUACAUUCCUUUUAUCUUCCUCUCUGGUUUCUCCUGAGAUUAAAAUCACUUCUCAUUUGCAGAGUGACCUGGUUCUCUAGGCUUCAUCAAGCUAUUGCAAAAUAGAAUUGAUCAAAGUGUCUGUGAGAACUCGGCAUCUUCAUAUAGCACUGCUCAUUGGUAUCUCCUUGGCUGCAAUGGACGGUGCAUCUUUCAGGUCUCUUUAGGUAUUGUUGUCACCAAGUAUGUCGAUAUUUUCUAGAUUUUCUAUAUGCUUGAUAUUGUUUAUCAAUGUGUUGAGUUUGUCUUCAUCUCUAUCUUAAUCUCAUCUUGUCAUUUAUAAUUGGUGCUAGUAUGUGUGGCGCUUUGAAUCUGAAGCGUUUACUGCUUAGAUGGUCCCCAUAAGUCAAAGAUGAUGUGUUGGACAUGAAAAUUUGCUCCACGGUGUAUGUUGGUUGCUUAUCUUAGAUUUCAUUACCAUAUCCUUAUCAUGGUUAUAAGCCUUUUAUUAUCACCUUAAUGUUCAAAUAUAGCUGUAUUAUGUUAUCAGUAUUCUGGUGAUUCCCAAUUCGUACUGGAUUCUAAUGCAUGGUGUUUGUUUGGGAUGGAGUCACUUCUUUUCCCUUUGAAUGGUGGAACUUGGAAGGUUUGUGGUUAACUCCACACAUAUCUGUUACAAGUUUUUCUUUUUGUUAGAAUGGUUUGUCUUCCCUAUUAAAGUGGAUUGUUUUACUCAUUUUUUUAUGACCUACAUAAGUUGGUGUAUGUAAAGUAUAAUGUUGGAAUAUGAGUACACAGGCAAUGGCUGGAAAGGAACAGAAAAUCUCGUCCUUGUUGGAUAUGUGACUAUGUUAAGCUCAACACUCUAGCUCUUUUACUCUAAUUUUUCCUCCUUCAAUGAGCAUCAAGAUUAGUUGAUUACCUCAAUCUUCCCAUUAGAGGGAAAUAAAACGAGACAUUGUGUGUGUGUGUGUGUGUUUUCUCUUCUUUUUUUUUUUUAUUUGGUCGGGAGAGUUUGAUUAUACCAUAUUGAGCAAACUUAUUAGAGAAAUGUUGCUGCUAUUUUUGUUAAGACUUUUUUUCAUCUUAGGGUAGUAGUGUAAGAAGUGUGUGAUAAACAAGUUGAAGAUGGAUAAUAGUGAAGAGUUGCAGUUGCAGAGCAAUAUUUCAAUUUAGAGGUUUCUAGUUCAAGUCCCUUUGCUUGGGUCCAGGCUGCAACAUAGUUCAGUUUACUUAGCCUCCGUGAUUGCCUGUGAUGAAUUGUAUCCGAAUAGAACAACUUGGUAAGCUUGGGUCUUGGGGCAUACGAGUCCAAAAGUUUAUUCGGACCAUCUCAAACAAGUCCACCUUCUCCAGACGGCCAGACCCCAAAAAAGAAAAAGGAGUUGGUCCCAGAGGUAAGCGGUUCGGAUUUACCUUGGAGGGCUAGUGUAUGCAAUUGUUCCCUUUGGGAGCCUACUCAUCACAGCCGAAUGCGCGACCCAGGUUGUAUCUGGAUUAGUCGGGGGACGAAGCUCCGGAUACCAAGCAGGCCACCAAAAAAAAUAAGGCAAGUAAGCAUUUCACUUGAGGUUAUUGAAACACGUUUAAUCUAAUUGCAAAAAAAAAAAAACGUUUAAUCUAUUUAAUUUGAUGCUGACUUGAGGGGUAUUAGUUUCUUCAAGUUUGUUUGUUGUUGCUACAUAGGAGUAAUACUCUAAUUUUGCAAAUCUAA